CAUGAAGAUCUUCGGGCUCCUCGUGUUGCUCGCGCCGACCGGCGAGGCGCUCGCGUCGCCCGGCGCGGCGCUGCGGCUGCGCACACCGCUGCGCACCGCUCCGGCCACCAUGCAGAUCUUCGGCAAGAAGAAGGAGAAAAUUCCCACGCUGGAGGAGCGCGGCUACUGGGCGGGCGAGUGGGUGUGUGCAGACUGCGGGUACAUCUACGAGCCGGAUCCGAAGGAUCCGUUCGAGGAGCUGCCGCCCUACUGGAAAUGCCCUCAGUGCGCCGGGCCGCGCCGUCGCUUCAUCAAGAAGGCGGGAGACGUCCUCGGAAAGCUCGACGACACGCCGAUGACGGCCUUCAUCGGCGUCUGCUUCGCCGCGAUCGCCUACCUUAUCUACGUCGCGAUCUCCACCUAGUUUUCACGCGAGAGACUCGAGGGUGCGAGGCAGAGCCGCGCCUGCCGCCCGGCCUGAGAAGGGGUCGGGGCGGCGAGGCCGGGGGAGGGCCACUCCCUCUUCUUCCGCAGAAUCCUCCGCUGCUUGGCGCCGUACGGAUGCUGCGCUUUGCAGGCGCCCCUGUGCCUCCCGUAGGAUGCCCUUGACUCCUCUUCGUGCGAUUGUCUCCCCUCUGUCUCUGUCUUUUUCCGUCCUUCUCGCUGCUCUCUCGAGUCUCGUCUCUGGCGUCUGGGGUGUGGGGAGAACGCCCUUCGAGUUUCGUUUCUGCGUAAUCACC